CAUGACUUAAAAAUAGUCGUGACCAGGAAGUGUUAAUCGCCACUGGCUCUCAUAUAGAUGCGCCAUCUUGAGUGCGAGACGAAGAAGACGCUUUUCGGAAGAGGCUGAAUCCAGGCGUAGGAGUUCCAGGGUGAAAGAUGUGGGACCAGAGUGGACAACCCUGGCCACAAUGGCCUCUGAGCCAGCAGCAGUGGAUGCAGUCCUUCCAACAUCAACAAGACCCAGGCCAAGUGGACUGGGCAGCACUGGCACAAGCUUGGAUAGCUCAGAAGGAAUCAACGGGGCCAGCGGGCGACCAGCAGCCGAUUCAGCCCAAUGGCCAGGAUAUCCCGGGCUUGGAGCCAGCGACACACAACAAUCAUGGAAACUUCCAGGGAGAUCCCAACUUUAACAGAAUGUGGCAGCCUGAGUGGCAAUGCAUGGGCAGCAUGCCCCCCCUCCUCCUCCUCCUCCCCCCCGAGCAGACCUGGAUCCCCCCCGGCCCCGCGCCCAUGGACAUGGUAACCCCCUCAGAGGACAGCAACAGCCAGGACAGCCUGGAGUUCGCGGGGGACCCCCACCAUGGCAUGUUCCCUCAGAAUAGCCACGGCUACGGUGGGCAACCAGACGGUUACCCAGUCCAGCCUAUGGGCGUCACUCAGUUCGACUAUCAGCAUGGAGCGGCAGCAUAUGGCCCCCCCGGAACUGGCUUCCACCCCCCCUACUGGCAGCAAGGACCCCCCCAGAACAGACGGGACCGGCCGCCAGGCUUCAGGGACCGGCCGCGCUCCCCCAACCAGCUGCCCGUCAAGCCCGAGGUCCCCCCCGCUAUAGGUGGGGAGGCACUCGCUGCUAUGUCUUUCGACGCCGUGAAGAGGCGUACACUGCCGGCGUGGAUCCGGGAGGGGCUGGAGAAGAUGGACCGCGAGAAGCAGAAGAAGAUGGAGAAGGAGCGCAUGGAGAAGCAGCGGGCCGAGAUGGAGACGGACGAGAAGGCAGACGCCGACGAUGCCGACGAGGAUGGGGGCGACGGCCCACGGGUACCGCGCAAGAGCAAAUUUGACAGUGAUGAUGAGGACGGUGAGGAUGAAGAGGGCGACAGAGACGGCAUGCAUGCGAGGAAGCCAGAGUUUACUAGCAGGAGCCCCUCCCCCUCACAUGAAGACCACAGCGAGCCAGAAAUGACAGAGGAAGAGCGGGAGUUCCAGCUGAUGAUUUUGACCAAGACGCUGCUGACCGAAGUGCUCCUGGAGGUCACCAACGAGGAGAUCUCCCAGAUUGCAAAAGAGACGCACCGCAAAGCCACCAAAGCUCCUGCCAAACAGCUGGCACAGUCAAGUGCACUGGCUUCUCUGACUGGCCUCGGGGGUCUGGGGGACUACGGCUCAGACGAGAGCUCGGACGAGGAGCGCAGCGGCCAGGGCUCGGAGUCCUCCGACACGGACGAGGAGGAGCUGAGGCACCGCAUCCGGCAGAAGCAGGACGCCUUCCGGCGCAAGGAGCGCGAGAUGCAGGACAGGGAGGCGCUGGAGGGAGUCAAACAUGAAGAUGCUGCAGCAGAGAGGUCAUUCAGAGAAAACCCCAGUCACGAGGACAAGCAGCCAGAGCCCAAAUACAGAGAAAGGGAGGCAGAGAGGGAUCCCAGCUCGGUAUCCGCCCCUGCGGAGCGCUGGAGGUCAAAGGGCAGUGAGUCAGAGGUCAGGGUGAGGUCAGGUUCAGGUAGGGAGCCCAGAAGUCGCUCCAGUUCGGCUGCCCGCUCUUCCAGCAAGCGCUCCUCCUCCUCCUCGUCCUCCUCUUCCUCAUCCUCGUCUUCCUCAGCCUCCUCCCGGUCCUCGUCGCCGCAGCGGAAACACCGACGCAGCCGCUCGUCCUCUCGCAGACGCCGCAGCCGCAGUGGAAGCCGCAGCUCGCGCAGACGCCACUCCCGCUCUGAGCGCGGUAGCGAGAGGAGGCAGGGUGGCAGCCGGGGCCACUCCCCCUCCGGAGGCCAGUCCCACAGAAAGCGCAGCAGGAGCCGCUCCCGCUCCCGAUCACACCAGCGCAGGACAACCACUGACAGCAGGGGGCGCAAGAGCAGGUCGAAGGACAGGGCCAGAGGCAGCCGCAGUCGCAGCCGAAGCAGAGAGAGACGCCGCGGCAGCAAGGAGCGUAGCCGGCGUAGCCGUAGCAACAGCCGCAGCAGCAGAAGGAAGCAGAAGGAUGCCAGCAAGGACAGGGAGAGCAAGCGGAGGGAGAGGAGCCACAGUCGCGACAAGGACAAGAAGAAGAAAGAUAGGGAGUCAGACAAGAAGAAAGAGAAGCAGAAGGCCAAGGACAGGGAGAGAGAGAAGGAGAAGGAGAGGGACAGAGAGAAGGAGAGAGAGAAGGAGAAAGGGAAAGAGAAGGAGAGGGAGAAGGAGAGGGAGAAAGAGGUAGCCCCCCAGGAGGAGACCAACGGGAAGUCCAAGCGCAGGAGGGAGAGUGACCCAUCCGACCCCCAGAGCGACAGGCUCUCUAAGGACAGCAAGGCCAGCAGCAGGAAAGGCUCAGGCAAGGGUAGCAGGAAGUACUCAGAGUCCGAGUCCAGCAGGAGCAGGUCCCCCUCCCCUGAUGUUAGCAAGGAAAAAAAAUCCAAAAAGUCUAAGCGUAGUCGCUCGCGGUCCAUGGAAAAGUCUCACAAGUCUGGUAAGAAGGCAAGCCGCAAACACAAGUCUAAGUCACGAUCAAGGUAUUCCAUUUUUUCCUUCUUAUUUUUCACCUAUUUUAAAUUUAUACUGUUUGUGUGUUGUGUAUGUUUGUAUACUUGCGAUACAUUUCAAGCACUUUCAAGUAAUUUUCGAACGUCGUUUUUAAUACAGUACCUUAUCAGUCUCUGAACUGGUUUGACAUAAUGAACUGAUUGCCAGAGACAAAUCAGUAUUAUUGUGCAAUAGUAGCAAAAUAGUGCUUUAUAGAAUUUGUGAAGUGCCUUAUUGUACACUUAAUUGUACCUCCAAUGGAGGAUGAGUCCCUAACGGAUGCUAACUCUCUCACAGGUCCUUGUUAUGUCAGUGGACUGAUACUGUUUUCAAUUUACUUCUUUGAAUGUUCAUCAGAAUAUGUGUGGAAUCUCUGUGUUUGUAUGUGUGUGUGUGUGUGUGUGUGUGUGUGUGUGUGUGUGUGUGUGUGUGUGUGUGUGUGUGUGUGUAUUCGUAGAAAUAAACAAAAACUUGAGGCACACUCUUACUGGUGUGACUGCACUAACGACCCUUCCCCCCCUGGCGGUUCUCUUUCAGGUCCUCCUCCCCGGCCAGACGCUGGCGUUGAGGGCUGGCACGGCCCAAACCUGUGCACUUAUUUUAAAUUCCACGAGUUUAACGGGCUUGUCUCAUUCUCGAGGCAAAGGUGUAGGUGAACUCCUCCGCUCUCCCCGAGCCCCUGUCCUAGCCCCUCCCCCUCCCCAACUCCAUCCAUUCCCCCCCACCCCCUUCCAACUUCUUGCAGUGUAAAUAACGUGUUGUCAUUUUUUUUAAAGUGCCCCAUGUCUUCAUGAUGUGACAUUUCUAAUUUGCUAGGGUUUUGAUUUUUGCUUCAUUUUGUUGUUUUGUUUUUUGUUGGACCUAUGUUAUCCACAAUUUGAAGGAUGAAAUAGAAUAUUCUGGUUGUAACAUUUUAAAGAUCACAACAGGACAUAAGACCGAAUGAAUCACUUAUUGAUGUAAAUUGUUCAAUAAAACAGAAAUGUUGUUUUCAUGUA